UUUAGUUUUUAAAUUUAAUACAACAUUUUUGGCUCAGUUUAUUCCAACCCUUUUCGACCUCAAAAUUUUCGGUUUACCUUUUGGCUUCAAAUUUUUGCCUUUACAAUAUCACUUCCAUUUCCACAGUCUACAAGAAGUGCAAGAUUUGUAGCCAUUCAAAUUAAAGUUCUGGCUCUUCUAAAUUACCGGAUAUAUUUUUAGUUUUAAGUCUUUCAAUUACGACAAUAAAAUUGACGUGAGUUGGUAGAAACUGUAAAAAACCACUCAUUGAAGGUUGUAGGUAUGUCAGGAAUGGCCUUUGGCCUAUCAAUUUAAUUGGUUGGUUUAAAAGCUAAUGGACGACUUGAGCAAUGAUGAUGGAAUCAAUGUGGGAGAAGACUCCGAUGACGAUUUAAAUAAUGAAACCAUCUUUCGUUCUCGUAGCGACGAAGUUUUUAAAUCAUUAAAUGAAUUGAGAGAGAAAAAUCAAUUAUGUGAUGCUGUUAUAAUAGUAUCAGAUGAGAAAUACAAUGUACAUCGACCUAUCAUGAGUGCAUGUAGUACGUACUUCAGGGCUCAAUUUACUGGUUUCAAUAGUGGCAUAUCGGAAUAUGACAAGGAAGUGAGCCGAAGAGUAUGCAUUCCUGGAAUGAGUGCAGCUAUUAUGGAGCAAUUAAUUAACUACGCCUAUCUUAGACGAUGCCAAAUAACAGAAGAUAAUGUCCAUGAAUUAUUGGUAUCUGCUGAUUAUUUGGGAAUGAUGGGCCUUGUGAAGCUUUGCGAAAGAAAAAUGACAAAAAUGCUGUCACCAAUAAAUUGCGUCGAUAUUAUGAGUUUUGCUAGGUUUCGUUUUCUUGACGCUUUAUAUGACAAAGCACGUAUGUAUAUGUUACGUUACUUUCCAGAAGUUGCGUUAAAAAAUGAGGACAUAAUGGAAAUCGGAUUAAAGGAUUUCUAUGAGAUCAUAAGCGAUGAUGAAUUGAACACACGGGAGGAAGAUAGUGUAUGGAAAUUAUGCAUUAAAUGGAUUGACUAUGAUCCCGUCAAUAGAAAAAAACAUGUGGCAGACUUAAUGCAGGGUGUGCGUUUGGGUUUAAUGACACCGAAGUGUUUCAUGGAGGAUGUGAAAGAACAUCCUUAUGUACUAGAUUGUGAGAAAGCCAAGCCAUUAAUCGUAGAGACUUUCAACUUUAUGUAUGAUUUGGAUAUCAUGAAUCCCGAAUGUGGUGAGGUAGCUACUCCACCGCUCGCAAUGCCACGCUUGCCACAUGAAGUCAUAUUUGCUAUAGGUGGUUGGAGUGGUGGUGCAUCAAAAGGUAGUAUUGAAACAUAUGACACGCGUGCCGAUCGUUGGGUAGUUAUAAAUGCUGAAGAUCCAGCAGGACCUCGCGCCUAUCAUGGCACUGCAGUUCUUGGUUUUAAAAUAUACUCCAUAGGCGGUUAUGAUGGUGUUGAGUAUUUCAACACAUGUCGUGUAUUUGAUACCAUCAAUAAGACUUGGAGUGAGAUUGCGCCUAUGCAUUGCCGGCGAUGUUAUGUUAGCGUGACUGAACUUAAUGGCUAUAUUUACGCUAUUGGCGGCUACGAUGGACAUAAUCGUUUAAAUACUGUAGAGCGAUAUAAUCCAAAAACGAACCAGUGGACCAUAAUAGCACCAAUGAAUAUGCAAAGGUCUGACGCAAGCGCCUGUACACUCAAGGGUAAAAUUUAUGCUACUGGAGGUUUUAAUGGACAAGAAUGUCUGGACAGUGCUGAAUAUUAUGAUCCCAGAAGAAAUGUAUGGAAUCGUAUACCGAACAUGCAUCAUCGCCGUUCUGGUGUAUCUUGCGUAGCGUUUCGUGGAGUGCUAUAUACAAUAGGUGGUUUUAAUGGCACUUCUCGACUAGCCAGCGGUGAACGUUAUGAUACUGAAUCCCAAGUUUGGACUGAUAUUCAUGACAUGAAUUAUUCGCGAAGUAACUUUGGCUUAGAAAUUAUUGACGAUAUGAUAUUUGCAAUAGGUGGAUUCAAUGGCGAAGGCACAAUAUCACAUACUGAAUGUUAUGUGGCUGAAACUGAUGAAUGGAUGGAGGCAACCGAUAUGAAUAUUGAACGAUCAGCGUUGUCUACAAAUAAUGUUGGAGGUUUGCCAAAUAUACGUGAUUAUAUACACAAAGAACGUGAUCGCUUAAUGGAGGAAAGACGCCAACGUAUUUUAUCAGGUACUAUAAACCGUGAAGUAUCUGAUACCGUCGCUGCUAUAAGAAUUGUAUCACAAAGUAACGGUGACGACGACUACGAUAGCCCAACAGAUGAUGAAGAUGCUGAUGAUGAAGAAGAAAGCUCUGUUGAGGCUUCACCCUCAAUACAUGAAAUUGUUGAAGCACAUAGGGACGGACCACGCAGACUCUCAAUACGAUAUCGAAUACAUGUACGGAGUACUCGUUUCGGAGUUACUGAUAUACAUGAAAUGAAUUUACAUAGAAAUUGAAUUUAUAUUUGAGAUUGCUGAUUAAUACAACUAAACAUUGAGUUUUUAAGUAAAACCUAAUUAGGAAAUAUCUUCACAUUUACAAGGAGAUCACUGCUUGACGCUAUUAAUAAAAUGGAUUUUUAGGUUAAACUCACUACACGCUAUAAUCCAAAAGUUACGCAUCUUCAAAUGUUUGAGAAUACCUUAUAUACACAGCAAUACAAGAAAGCAGUUAUCAUCAGAAAUCUGAAAGGAUUGCUGCUGUAAUCAAUGCAACAAAAAUCUGGAUUUCCAAGCGAAAGGUACAAUGAAGAACAGAAAAUGUAUCCAUUUUCGAGCUAUGAUUGCUGAGGAAUGCAACUAACAGCUGGACAGUUGGCUGGAAUCCAAAGACAACACAGAUUUUGUGGAGAAAUAAUGUAACUAAAAUUUGGAAUAUUAAGUGAAACAUAAAAAAAAAAAUAAAUCCAAAGAAGACGUAGCCGUUCAUUCUUAUAUCAGUUGCCUUCAUUCAUUAGACGUUUCAGUAAAACUUGUAAUGACCACAAUAAACGCCUUCAAAGACAAGAAUUUCCAUAGAAUUUCCAUAGAAUCAAAACUCAUAAGAGAUCUGAAUCCACCUUCUUAUGCAGAGAUAAAGGAUGAAUUAAUCAAAUAAUGGAGCCAAAGUAUAUUCUUAAUUAAUAUUCUGCACUUAUUUUUAUUGUAGCCAUGACAAGUACGUACGCACUACUACCAAAUAUAUUUGAGUGAAAAUAA